AUGAGAUUGGACGUCAAGCGCCAACUGUUCGCUCGCAGCGAACGAGUGAAGGGAAUCGACUUUCACCCGCAUGAGCCAUGGAUUCUCACGACCCUCUAUAGCGGCCAUGCAUACAUCUGGUCUUACGAGACGCAGCAAAUCGUGAAGACUUUCGAGCUCACCGACGUCCCCGUUCGCGCCGGCCGAUUCGUCUCGCGCAAGAAUUGGAUCGUCUGCGGUUCCGACGACUUCCAAUUGCGCGUCUAUAACUACAACACGUCGGAAAAGAUCACUUCGUUCGAGGCGCAUCCGGACUACAUUCGAGCCAUCGCUCUGUGGGAUUGGGACAAGGGCUGGAAAUGCGUGCAGGUCUACGAGGGACACAGUCACUAUGUUAUGGGCCUCGCCAUCAACCCCAAAGACACAAACACGUUUGCCUCGGCCUGCCUCGACCGCACCGUCAAGAUCUGGAGCCUAGGCUCGGCCACUGCCAACUUCACUCUGGAGGCGCACGAGACCAAGGGCGUCAACCACGUCGACUACUACCCUCACUCCGAUAAGCCCUACCUGCUCACCACGUCCGACGACCGAACCAUCAAGGUGUGGGACUACACGACCAAGUCGUUGAUUGCAACCCUCGAGGGCCACACCAACAACGUCUCUUUUGCAUGCUACCACCCCGAGUUGCCCGUCAUCAUCUCCGGCUCCGAGGACGGCACCAUCCGAGUCUGGCACGCGAACACGUACCGAUUCGAACAGUCCCUGAACUACAGCCUCGAACGAGCGUGGUGCAUUGCCUAUCAAAAGGGACAGCAAGGCGUCGCCGUGGGCUUUGACGAUGGCGCCGUCGUCGUCAAGCUGGGCCGCGAAGAGCCCGCCGUGUCCAUGGACGCCUCUGGAAAACUCAUCUGGGCCAGACACAACGAAGUUGUGUCCUCCAUCAUCAAGGGAGAUGCCAGCAUCAAGGACAAUGAGCCAAUCAGCCUCCCCACAAAAGACCUCGGAACGUGCGAAGUCUAUCCGCAGACGCUGCUACACUCCCCCAACGGCCGCUUCGUCGCUGUGUGCGGAGACGGCGAAUACAUCAUCUACACGGCUCUGGCCUGGCGCAACAAGGCCUUUGGCUCUGCGCUGGAUUUCGUCUGGGCGUCCAAGGAAAACAGCAACGAUUUCGCUAUCCGCGAAUCGCCCAUGAGCGUCAAGGCGGAGGGCCUCACCGGCGGUGUCUUGCUCGGCGUCAUUGGUCAGGGCGGCGUCUCCUUUUUCGACUGGGCCACGGGCGGCCUCGUCCGAAGGAUCGAGGUUGAGCCCAAGCAGGUCUAUUGGUCGGAUAGCGGUGAACUUAUUGCGAUUGCAUGCGACGACACCUUUUACGUGCUGCGAUUCUCCCGAGAAAACUAUGUCGAGGCAGUGCAGGCCGGUCAGGUGAACGAGGAUGGCGUCGAGGCCGCGUUUGAAGUCAUCACGGAUAUCAGCGAAAGUGUUCGGACAGGCGAAUGGGUCGGGGACUGCUUCAUCUACACCAAUAGCACGAACCGACUCAAUUACCUGGUUGGCGACCAGACGUAUACCGUUUCCCACUUUGACAAGCCGAUAUAUGUCCUUGGAUACAUCCAAAGAGACUCUCGCAUCUACCUCGCGGACAAGGAUGUCAACGUCACCUCGUUUGCCCUGUCGCUUCCCGUGUUGGAAUACCAAACCUUGGUACUCCGCGACGACAUGGAGACGGCGGCCGAGCUGCUGCCGACCAUUCCCGUGGACCAGCUGAACAAAAUCGCGAGAUUCUUGGAAGGCCAAGGCCACAAGGAGUUGGCCUUGGAGGUGGCGACAGACCCGGAGCACAAGUUCGACCUCGCUCUCGGCCUCAACCAGCUCGAUAUCGCCCUGGACCUGGCGCGCAAGGCGGACGCGGACCAUAAGUGGAAGACGGUAGGCGACGCGGCUCUGGCGGGAUGGGAUGUGGCUCUUGCUGCGGAGUGCUUCGCACAUGCCAAAGACCUCGGCUCUCUGCUUUUGCUGCACUCGUCCACUGGCGACCGGCAAGGGCUUUCCAAGCUGGCUGCUCAAGCGGAGGAGGGCAACGCGCACAAUGUCGCGUUCUCAUGCUACUGGCUCCUGGGAGAUGUCGACGGCUGCGUCGAAAUGCUGACCAAGACUGGCCGUCUGGCCGAAGCGGUGCUUUUCGCGCAAACAUACAAGCCCAGUCUGGCCGCCUCCAUCGUCAAGGACUGGAAAGAGAGUCUGGACAAGGGCAAGAAGGGACGGGUGGCAAAGCUCAUCGGGGUCCCUGACGAGGACGCGGAGCUGUUCCCCGAGUGGGACGCGUGGUUGCAAGCGGAACGCGAAGGCGGCGACGCACUGGACAAGACGAACGUGGCGGGGGCAAAUGGAGAGGCUCCCGUUGCCGAGAAACAGGCGCCGGCCGUGGACGCGGAGGAGGAGGAGGAGGAGGACGGAGGGGGCGAGGGCAAGGAGGACGAGGAGAACGCGGAGGAUGAGGAAUAA